GCACAUUCAACGUUGCUCUUGACCACCUCAUCCACGUUCCUUCACUGACGUAUAGCGUUCACGGAAAGAUGUCAGACUCAGAGACUAGACCAAUGCCCCGCCUGUUCUUGAUUCGUCACGGAGAAACAGAGUGGUCUGUAAAUGGUCGCCAUACCGGUCGCACAGAUAUUCCUCUGACCCCCAAAGGCGAGCAGGAGACUACUGAGAAAGCAGCCCAAUUAGUUGGAGAAGGCAAGGUGAUCGACCCCAGAAACAUUUGCACCGUCUUCGUAUCUCCCCGAACCCGAGCGCAUAAGACCUUCCACUUAUUAUUUGAUCAGCUUCCUGCCCUGCCUUCCCAUGUAAUCACUGAAUCUGUUCGAGAAUGGGAUUACGGCGAAUACGAGGGACUCCUCUCUCCCGAGAUUCAGGCGAGAAAUCCUGGUUGGACUAUUUGGAAAGAUGGAUGUCCUGGCGGUGAAAGCACAACGGAGAUGUGUUUCCGAGUAGACACUGUGAUCGAACAGGUUCGCGAAUAUCAUCGUAAGUGGCUGGAGAAAGGCGAAGGAUCCCGAGAUGUUGUUAUCGUCGCCCACGGCCACUUCAAUCGUGUCCUUAUCGCUCGAUGGAUUAAUUUCCCCUUGUCCUUAGGCACUCAUUUCAACGUUGAGCCUUCUGGCAUCGCUAUUCUGAGCUACAAUCAUCGCAAUAUCCUCGAACCCGCAUUGAACGCGCUGAAUUUAUACGCGCAUGUUGGGUGAGGUUGUCAAGCCUCCUGGAUUAUGUGUGCGAAUCAUGGACGCAGAUAGACUGGACUAGGAUGUAUAGCAUAUAUCGCUUCUGUGAAGCAAAUGAAUUCGACGUAAUGAUUCGG